ACCAUAUUCGCCAAUAAUUCGCUAACAAUGCUUCGCCGCCUGUGUGCACAGCGCGGCCGUGCUCCAGCUGCUCGUGCUCGGCAAUUCGCUAGUUUAUCAAUUUCUACAACCACUGGUGACAGUGACAUUGGUGUGUAUGAGCUCGAUACCAUCUACGCGCUGUCCUCUGCUCCAGGGAAGGCUGGCGUGGCGGUCAUCCGAAUCUCUGGGGACCAGGCGGACUCAUGUCUGCAGCAGUUGGGCAAGUCUACAGCAUUACCAAAGCCUCGUGUUGCUGCGUUGAGGAAGCUUUACCAUCCCAAGACUAAGGAGCAUCUGGAUGACGCGCUGGUCCUGCGGUUCCCACACCCGAACAGUUUUACAGGUGAAGACAUCGUGGAGCUCCAUACCCACGGAAGCGUGGCAGUGGUGUCGGGUGUCUUGGAAGCGCUGAGCCAUGUGCCGCAUUGCCGUGCUGCUGAACCGGGCGAGUUUACGGAGCGAGCGUUCGACAACAACAAGAUCGAUUUGGUGCAGGUGGAAGGAUUGGCCGAUCUGUUAAGUGCUGAGACGGAAGCACAGCGCAGUCAGGCUCUUCGACAGCUUUCGGGUGACAUUGGAGAGAUUUAUGAAGGCUGGCGUGACAGUCUUGUUAAGUGUCUAGCCUACACGGAAGCCAUGAUCGAUUUCGGAGACGACGAAGAUGACGUUACAGAUGCAGCCUACGAAGCUGCAGUGGAUCGGGUUCGAGCGCUUGCAGAUUCGAUUCGAGGCCAUUUGGCAGACGGCAGAAGAGGAGAAAUCCUGCGUAGUGGCGUCCAGGUUGCUAUCGUUGGUCCGCCCAAUGCUGGCAAAAGCAGCUUGUUAAAUAUUCUCGCGCGACGACCUGCGGCGAUCGUGUCUUCCAUUGCUGGAACCACACGAGAUGUGGUGCAAGUUCCGUUAAACAUCGCCGGAUACCCUGUCAUUGUCAGUGACACUGCUGGACUUCGCGAAACAGAGGAUAUUAUCGAGAAAGAGGGUGUUUUGAGAGCCCAACAGUGCGCCAGUGACGCAGAUAUAUGUGUGGUCAUGAUGGACAUUCAGAAUGCUAGACAACUUCACAGUGGUGAAUACCAGUCGUAUCUGCGGCAUGGUGCAUUUGCUGUACUGAACAAGAGCGAUCAGGUUGAUGAGUCCCAGAUUGCAAGCGUACUGGAAACUUUUGCCUCGAAGCAGCGCGACCAGCUGCUCGUUGUUUCUUGUGCAAACGGAGACAACGUCGACGUAUUCGUCGACAAGCUUGCAACUGCAGUCAAGGAAAAGUUGGAGGUGUCGGCUGGAGGCUCUAGUAAUGGCACGCUGAUCACACGAGAGCGUCAUCGUCAGAAUCUCGUUGAGUGCCUUUCAUGCUUAGAUCGAUUUCUAGCUGAUCCGUAUCAGAGUGAGAUUGCGGCUGAGGAUCUCCGUCGAGCUGCCAUGGCGAUUGGCCGCAUCCUGGGACGGAUCGACGUCGAAGACGUUCUGGACGUAUUGUUCGCCGACUUUUGCAUCGGCAAAUAAACCGACACCUUGAUUUGAAGAGACGCCAGGUUAUAGUCACUUGUUGAUCGUGGUCACCUCAAAUGAUUGAGUUCACGGCGUGGGAAGUCUAUGCGUACGAAGGUGCCAACACCAUCAAUAGUGCGUCAAGUGAAGGAAAUGACGACAACAAGACCGAGUCCCGACAGGAUGUACAGUCGAUGUACGGAAGCAACCGAAUCGAUCGGGUUGUACUCGCAGAGCAUUUGCCACAAGUAAGCCUUGAAAGCUACGUUGCUACUCGUCUUUAACCCGGUUCUCUGUUCCCAGACUUCAGAUAAAGCCCUUGCCUUCGAAAGCUACCAUAUUCACCCCACCAAGGGAAUAUUUGGCGGCAGGGUUAGUUACCUUGGUACAAUCUUUUCUCUACGCACA